AUGAGCAUCGACGCAGGCGGUCUUGCUCAAAUGACUUACCAGUCUCCAUUCAACGGCUCCAUCGGUGUUUCCGGCCCCGGCUUCGCUUCCCGUGGGAAAGGUUCUCAUAUCAAGCGUCUCAGCGUUGCCCCUCCUUCCAAGAUCUCGACCAUUGACGAAACCCAACAAACGAACACAGUAUCGACUCCUCGAACCAGCCGCGGCCAUCUGUUGGCUGGUCUCCGUACAGCUCCGAAGUCUGCGACGGUUCCUCAUGCUACCAAUGGCCAGGGGCUGGAAAGUAGCAGGUACGCCUCUAUGCAGUACAGCAACCAGGCUCCGCAGACUGCCACCGGCAUGUACUUUCCGCAAGGCAGAAACUCGUUUCAUGGCAACUACCAGCAGCAACAGCAACACUACUCUCUUCCUGAACACGUGCUUGCACCUCCAUCUCUUGACUUCGUUGACGGUGCCGAGAACAUGGACCAGACAUUAUACGACGAAUUGGUAGCAACCAACAAUUACCUUGCCCAGCAACAGCGAGCUCUCCAGCAGCAACUGUUGAGCGUCACGGCCGCGGCUCACCAAUUUUCUGGGCUCAACCUCAACACCGGUUUCAUGAACAACAUUGGCCAGCAGCAGUUCCAGUCUCCCAUCAGCUCCCCGAUGGGCCUGUACAAUCAACAGUUGCAACAGGGCUUGCAACCUAUGGUGCAACAGGUGCCUGGCAGCCCUGGCGUUUUCGCCGUGUACAAUCCUAUGACUGGGCAGUCCAGCUAUGUCGUCGACAAAUCCUAUCAGCAACAACAGCAGCAACAGGAAGUGUCUCCGAACCGUCAGAAGACCUCUGCCUCGCCUCCACCCGCCAACCCAGGCUAUCACCGCCAGUAUCCAGAGCCAAGUUUCCAUCAGACCGAGACUCGAUCUAAAACACCUCCGAAGUCCAGUCCUUCCCCAGCGCAGGACGUUGAACCUCUCCCUCCUCCAUCUGCCAAUGCCUUCCGACGCGGCCACCGCAAGAAUAUGUCCUCUGCCAAUAUCAAGACCAAUAAUGAAUGGACUAAAGGCGCUGGGGCAAGACCUGGAUUUCCACAAACUCCAUUGACUGCCACCUUCGGCCCGGGGCAUGGAAGAGCCGGAGAACACCCAGUCAGACAACCCAAAGGACCACCACUUCUGCAGGAGCUUGAGGAGAAGCCUACAUCCAAACAUGAAGGGAGCAAGAACUUUGCCACUCGGCAACGCCGCCGAGCUGUCCACGACCUGGUCCGUGCUGGGCGCGAGCGCCGCAGCGAUAGUGGUCGUCAACCUGGCUCAGGAGCUGGAACACCGGGUAGCGAGAAUGACUUCAACUUUUCGGUCUCGUCUGACGACUCGGCUCUUGCUGGUAGCAGCACUUUGUCCAGCAAGCCAAGCCUGGGAAGCCUCCGAGCUGCUGCUAGUGGUGCCAUUGGUUCUGAGAUAAAGGAAAAAUCUCGAGAACGGUCUUCGGUUGACAGUGUUGGCGCUCUCAGCGCUAAGAGCGUGAGCAGCGAUGAGGGCAACUCAGUCGGAGGACCAAUCGUCGAGAUUGAGUCCGCCAGACGCAACACCCCCCUCCUUGUUCUCAGUAGCGCUGAGAAACGUAAGAGUGUUGUUAUGUGA